AUGACCGAGCCUUUGCAGAAAAAACAGAAGCAGAAGCAGAAGCAGCAGCAGAAUUCUUCCUCACCUUCAAUAUUGGCUUCAACCAGUGGAGCGGGCUCAUCUAAGAUCCAUAGGGCAAUUUCAGCAUGUAAAAGGUGUCGAUCCAAGAAGAUCAAGUGUGAAGGGUUUCCCCAGUGCGAUAAAUGCAAGGCACAUAAUGUCGAAUGUGUUGGCUUUGAUAUAGCUACAGGAAGAGACGUACCACGGAGCUAUAUUGUCCAUUUGGAAAGUCGAAUCAAAGAAUUGGAGGUUGAAUUGAAAAAACAGAACGUAACAACAACAACAACAACAACAACAACAACUACUACUACUCCCACUGAGAGUGGAAUCUGUUAUAUGAGCAACGGUCAUAGUAACUUUAGUGGUGAUGGCAAUGGAAAUGUUGAAAUAGUGAGCAACACUCUAAAACCAAUCAUUGCACCAACCUUAAAUAGAACAGCAACUGCAUCGUCAACAACAGCACCAGCAACACACGGUGCAGGCGAUAGCAUGUCUAAAAAGCACGGCGAUGAGAAUAUAACGUUUCUGAAGUUGAUUUCAACUGCUUUUAAGGUACAACGACGCAACGAGGAAAAAGCAGCAUAUACAGAAGACUCGGGCGUCAGUAGGAGCGUAUCAGUUGAAGCCACAGCAGCAGCAGCACCAAUUCAAGUAGAUCAAGAAGGACAAGAGGAGGAGGCGGCCGUAUUACCUCCCAAAAGCACUGCUUUGCAUUUUUGUCAAAUAUUCUUUCAUCAAUGCAAUCCACAAUUUCCCAUAUUCCACAGGGAAGAGUUUAUAAGAAAUAUAUUUAUACCCAUAUACGGACCAGUGGCUAAGAAACAAUUCAAUUUUGCCAGUAAUAAUGGUGCCAUCAAUGAGGAAUUUUGGAGAGAUGAAAUUGAAAGUGAGGGAUCACUUGAUUAUUGGUUUAAUGAGUACAAGCAACAAAUUCAGCAAUUGCUCUCACAGAGCAAAGAUCCAAACCCUAAUGUCAAGAAAAUUUCAAGUACAAUUAAACCACCAAGGCGGUUCUACAAGCCGUUGUACUUUUUAAAUUUGGUGUUUGCCAUUGCAUCUUCUGUACACCAUUUAAGGUAUCCACCACAUAUCUCUGAGUCUUUCAGAUUGGCAGCAAUGCGGUACUAUGACGAUGUAAAGAAUAAUAAUCUAGAUCAACUAAAUGUCUUGCAAGGAAUCCUUCUUUACGCGUACUAUGCAAUAAUGCGACCAACCAACCCUGGGAUUUGGUAUAUCAUGGGCGAUGCAUUACGUCUCUGUGUUGAUUUGGACCUUCAGAACGAGCUUAAGACCAAGUCGAAGCAAAAUUUCAAUAUCGAUCAAUAUACUCGUGACAAACGCAGACGACUAUUCUGGUGUACAUAUACCAUUGAUCGUCAGAUUUGUUUUUACUUGGAUAGACCGUUUGGUAUACCUGAUGAGAGCAUCAACACUCCACUUCCCACAGUCUUGGAUGAUCUGGAGCUAGUACCCAAAGACUACUCUACUGCUUAUGGUGACAGAUCUCAAGAUCGUUAUGGUUCGAACAACAAUAACAACAACAACAACACCACCACCAACACCACCAACACUAAUAGUACCGACACUGAGGUGAUUAGUUACAAGACAGUUUCAAAUGCAUUCAUCACCAUCAGAAAAAUUCAAAGUGAAGUGACUAAGAUAUUGUACACGGGCAGUGAGAUCCCUCGAAAGUACAAAGAUUUGAACGAAUGGAAGGACGACAUUCUGUACAGAUUGAGAGUGUGGUAUAUGAAUGUGCCCUCUCAUCGAGAGAUGAAUUGUGAUUUCAACCCAAUUUUUUUCAGAUUGAACUAUCACCACACCUUGCUUUAUAUUCAUGGUUUGGGUCCAAGACAUUUCAAUUUGUCACUACAGGAUUUCGAACAAGUUGCAACCUCGGCAAAAGAGAUUAUUGACAUAUACGUCCAAUUGCUCAUUACAAAAAGUGUAAACUAUACUUGGGCCGGUGUCCAUAAUUUGUUUAUGGCGGGAACUUCUUACCUUUACACUUUAUACAAUAGCGAAGAAAUCAGAAAGCUAAACCCAUUCAGUUCAGUGCAGUAUUAUACUUCUAACUGCUUACAGGUCUUGCUGUCGCUCAUGGACAAAUGCGAGGCUGCAAGCUACUGUUGCGAAAUUUUCCGUAAUUUGACUAUGGUUAUCAUCAAGAUGAAGUAUCAAGAGGAUGCUAAUAAUAACACUAACGCUACUGAUAUCAAUAAUGGUACUGGUAUUGCCGAUGGUACUACUGGUACUAUUACAACCAAUAACCACUCUAAUGGCCCAAAUGAUGAAAUGCCAGUAAAUCGUGAGGUUCUCUAUAAGAUCAAUAAUGGCAAUGUUCAUUCCAACUUGUUUUCGCUAGUCACAGAGCUUGAUGCGCUUAACCCACUAAACUCACCUGAAUUUACCUCCGGAGGUCAAAUCGUUGAAGGUAAAAACUCUUUUGGAGCGGAGAAAACGCAAUCGUUUCACCCAAACUCUCAUUCUCAUAUACCAACUGCGUUGGAUACCCUUUCAACAGUCGCAGUAUCGCCGUUCCCAAAUAUCGAUAGACUAGAUUGGAAUAAGGAUGAUUUGGAAUUCUUCUUCAAAGAGCUUGACCAUACUCAAACAGCACAUACGAGUCUGGAAAAAUCUAGUCCUGGUAAUAACCGGGAAGCCAAGAUGACAUUUGAGUUGAUGCACAAUAUGCCGAACGAGAAGAUCUGGGAUGAAUUCUUUACAAUGAGGUAA